AUGAACCCCAAAUAUGUUCUGCUUGGGGUGCUGUACUUCGUCCAGGGAAUCCCCUACGGGCUCCAGUCCGGGCUGCUGCCGAUUUAUUUCCGAACGGUGGGCCUUUCCUUGACCAAGAUCAGUCUGACCAAGAUGCUCUUUGUGCCCUGGACCCUCAAGGUCUUGUGGGCACCCCUGGUGGAUCAAUACUUCACCAAGAAGGCCUGGCUGGUGCUGAGCUUGUGGGGCUUGGUGCUGGCCUGCCUGGCCUGCUCAACCAUGACCCCAGAGACACAGUUCCUCCCCGUGGCCUCCGCCCUCCUCUUCAUGAACUUCUUCGCCUCCCUCCAAGAUGUCGCAGUGGACGGGGUGGCCGUCUGGCUCCUGGGGAAGGACGAGGUCGGCUAUGGCAACACCGUCCAGGUCGUGGCCUACAAGCUGGGCUCGAUGAUGGCCGGAGGGGGCCUCCUCACUUUCCUCCACCUCUUGGGCUGGGGGCCGCUCUUCUGGUCCUUGGCUGCCGUCUACCUGCUGGCCAUUCUGUACACCUGGCGCUCAGACCUGAGGCUGCAGUGCCCCCUGCAGGAGAGCCAGGCGAGGAGCCCGACCCUCCACCCCUGGCGGAUCUUGCAAGAGCUGCUUCGGGUGCCGGGGACCCCGUGGACUGCCGGCUUCGUCCUCAUCUAUAAGCUGGGUGAACAAGGGGCCACUUCCAUGUUCCCCCUCUUCCUUUUGGACCGUGACUUCUCUGCUCAGAAGCUCGGCUUCUGGAAUGGGGUUGUGGCCUUGGUCUUCUCCAUCGCUGGUUCCUCAUUGGGAGGCCAUCUGAUAUCAAGGCAGAGGCGCCCGUUGGCUCUGCUGAAGGUCCUGCUGGUGCUCCGUAUCUGCGGGCUGCUCUUCCAGACACUCCUGACGGCCCUCUACAAAGACAAAGCCUCUGUGUUCGAAGUGGCUGCAAUCCUGAGUAUCUGCACCCAGCACUUCAUUGCCGGGGUGGUGACCACACUGACAUUCAGCAUCAUGAUGCACUGCACCCAGAAGGCGGACGAGAACAUACAGGCCACGCACUACAGCUUCCUGGCCACCCUGGAAGUGCUGGGCAAGCUGCUCUUCAGCACCCUGGUGGGGAGCCUGGUGGACAGGCUGGGCUUUACCGCCUCCUUCUGUGUCUUCCUCUGCCUCUCCUUCUCUUCCGUCUUGUAUAUGCUGCAAACAUCCCCGGCCGGAAGUUGA